CCAAACCCAAAAACAAAAAAGGAACAAAAAAAAUAAAAAUAAAAAAAGAAAAAAAGGGGAAGGCAUCGGGAACUUUCCCCUUCCCCCAUCAAUUUUUUUUCAUUUUUCUUCUCCCUCCCGAACCAGCCCUGCCUAGCCUUGCACCAGCCCGCGCCCGCGUUUACCCCCUGCGCCCCUGCACGCCCGUGCCUUGCACUCUGCUACACCUGCACUCGAUCCUGCACUCCUGCUUCUGCCAAAAAGCUGGAUCCUCUGCUGCACCAGAUCCCCUUGCCGUCUGCUGCGCCGAACCCACGUUGCUUGCACGCCUGCACUCUGUGCCAGCAUCAUGACCCUGCACCGAGCCUUGCUGCACCCCUGCUGCUCUGCCUCUGCACUCUACAGCAGCUCCAGACAAAUUAGCAUUAUUAUCGAUUGAUAGAGCAAGACUUUUUUAUUAUUUUUAUCUUUAUUUUUAUCUUUUAUUCGGGUAUAUAUAUAGAGAAAAAUCAGAUUGAAAGGGGGUUUUCUGGUUGAUUUUCGGGGCUGGAAGGGGAUUUCUUCUGGUAUUGAGACCGGGGGUUCUGAUUUUGGAGUUUGAUUUGGGUUGAUUUCGGGUCUUUUGGUUGAGUUCUGGGUUUUAAUUUUGGAGUCUCCGUCCGUUUGUUUCUUGGAGAACAGUAGGAGGAGAUUUUCAGGAGCAGAAACGGGGGGAUUUUCUUUUUGUUGGGGGGAAGGUUUUUUGGGGUUGAUUUCGGGUCUGUUACUGGGAGAUUGGUUGUGGUUGAUCUGGGGGGUCUCUUUUUCUGAUUUCGGAGUUUGAUUUAGGAGUCAUUGUUCUGGGUUUCGGGGGAAAGGAGAGAGAAGAAAACCGAGCUGAUUUCGGCAAGAUUUCGGCGAUAUUUCAGCCUCCUUUUGCUAGGUAUUUUCCUGCAAUAGAGGAGUCUUUUUGGGGAGGCAGUGAGGGGAAUGAUCUAGGCUUGAUCUCGUGGGUGGGAUCCGCCAGAUGGGACUACGAUCUGUUACCCAGAAAGCUCCGUCGUGUUUGCUUCUUUUGUCUUCCUGUUUCCGUGACAUGCUUUUGUGAUGUUUACGUUUGUAUAUUGUAAUUGCACCAAACCCGAAGUCCUUCUUCAGUCCGCGCUUGCACUUCGGAACGAC